AUGGCAAGGCGGUAUCCGUACGCCUCGGUCAUCGACGACGCCAAGAAGCAGCUCCCAGAAUGGGCGUUUGAGCCGGCGUUCAUCGCCGGUGCGUCUGCUGUCCUCGCUGUCGCUGGAACGCUCGGGGCUGCGAGAGGAUACCGCAGGUGGUUCAAGCGCAUCCCCAACGCCGACUCUGUAACUGGCUCAAUAAUUGAAAAGCAGCCUUUUAUCAAGGGUGUUGUGACUCGUGUUGGAGACGGCGACGGCUUCCGGUUGUACCACACUCCUGGCCCUUUCUGGCGCUGGCCACUCAAGUUCCGUCGUGUCCCCACUGGUGUAAAGGAUCUCAAGAACCAAACACUCUCGAUACGUAUUGCUGGCGUCGACGCACCUGAGAUGGCACACUUUGGCAACCCUGCUCAACCACAUGCCAAGGAGAGCUUUGACUGGCUCGUCAAAGAGGUGACUGGCAAGGUUGUCAGAUGCCAGCUGCUCCGCAAGGACCAGUACAACCGUAUCGUCGGUCUGCCUUACAUCCACCGUACCAUUCUUCCCGACAAGCCCCUCCCCCUAAUGAUGCUCAAGGAGGGUAUGGCGGUUGUGUACACGCAGGGAGGCAGCGAGUAUGGACCUUGGGGUCUUGAGAAGAUGCAACGUCUCGAGGACGAGGCCAAACGCGCCAAGCGUGGCAUGUGGGCGUCGCGCAAUGUCCAGCUGCCGAGCGAUUACAAGAAGCGUGUCAAGGAAGGCGAGACGCCAAUAGUCGAGACGAAGAGCAGCAAGAAGUCUGCCGAGCCUGGGUUCUUUGAGAAGCUCGGCCGGUGGUUGGGUUCCAAGACCUAG